AUGAAAGUUAAUGUGGAACAAGUGUAUACGUCGGUUGCGUGCAAUCGGACUACAGAAAUAACUGACUGGAACGGUGAAGGGAUCAUUUGUUUUGGUGCCACCAACUCUGUUGUUAUUUAUGAUACGACCCAAAGAGGCAAAGACCCUCUUACUGUUCUCAGUCAUCAUCGGUCACUAGUCAACACUGUCAAAUGGCUCCAUAAACCCGAUGGCACUUGCACAGAAUUCAUCUCAGGUUCAGCAGAUAAAACUGCUGCCAUAUGGACUCUAGAUAAGGGCGAAUGGAGAGUGACUAGUACUCUCAUCGGUCAUGCGGAUGGAGUGACAUGCAUCCAUGGUGUUUAUAUUGGAGAAGAUGAUCUGUUAGUGUAUACUGGAUCUAUUGAUACUAACGUUAAAGUUUGGGAGAGGAGAAAUGGUAUAACAGCACUUAAGCAAACUAUAUCAUUAAAUUCUGGUCUCUGUCUCACACUCCACGCACACAUACUACCUACGAUUGAGAAACCAAUAUUGUUCUGUGCACUGGAUGAUUACAAGAUACAUGUAUUUGUUGGUGAAGACUAUCAGAAAGUGCACACAUUGGCAGGUCAUGAGGAUUGGGUGCGUGGACUUGAUGUCCUGGAUGUGGAUAAUUCGUCAAUCAUCCUUGCAUCAGCUUCCCAGGACACCUAUAUCCGUUUAUGGAGAAUACAAAAGCACGUUGAAGAAGCCCCUUCUAAAGACAUUAGGGUAGAACAGAAGGUUUUCAGCGCUUACGGUCAGCAAUGGACUGUAAAACUGGAUGCUGUAUUGGCGGGACAUGAAGGAUGGGUGUAUGGUGUCCACUGGCAACCGUGUCCUAUUGGAGAGUCAAACAAAAAACCAAUCUACCGCCUUCUAUCCUCCUCACUCGACAAAACACUCAUCAUCUGGGAACCGGAAUCGUCUCCUGAAAGAGGGGAGGGCGAAGGUGCCUGGGUUGAGCGAGUCAGAGUUGGGGAGGUUGGUGGCAAUGGACUUGGUUUCUACGGUAGCAAGUUUGGACCGGAGGGCAAGAUGUUUAUGGGGCAUGGAUACAAUGGGUCUUUCCACAUUUGGAAGUAUGAUAAGGAAACAAACCAGUGGCAUCCAUCAGUGGUAUGCGGAGGUCACUUCAGUGCUGUAGAGGAUAUAAGAUGGGAGCCUCAUCAUGGACGAUACCUUAUGAGCGUCUCCGCUGACCAGACUUCAAGAGUACACGCGCCUUGGAAUACGACACAUGGAUCAGAAUGGCACGAGAUCGCCCGCCCCCAGGUCCACGGGUACGACAUGGCCUCGGUAGCUCUCAUCAACAGCACCACAUUCGUGUCCGCGGCCGAAGAGAAGGUCAUCAGAGUGUUUCGAGCGCCGCACAAUUUCGUCCAGAAUUUCCAGAACAUCGUCGGUCAAGUUAUAAAGGGAGAUAGCCAGGAUAGAUGUGGUCCGGAAGGUGCGUCAGUGCCAUCCCUGGGUUUAUCCAAUAAGGCGGUGUUCAUGAACGAAGACGAACAAACCGACGCCGGUGAUGAGAACGAUGGGUAUUUCGUUCCCGUGGAUAUGACAGAACCCCCGACAGAAGAGACGCUGAUGCAGAACACGCUGUGGCCUGAGAUACACAAGCUAUACGGACACGGUUACGAGGUGUUCGCAUUAGACGCCAGCCCGGACGGAUCGCUAAUUGCUUCCGCUUGUAAAGCGACCACGGCUGAACACGCUGCUGUUUUAAUAUGGGAGACAAAAACCUGGCAACAAACACAAAAGUUAAUAUCCCAUCAGCUCACGAUAACGCAGCUAGCGUUCUCACCGGACAGCCAACGACUACUCUCAGUAUCGCGCGACCGGAGAUGGACCUUAUACCAACGAGCACAAGAUUCAAAUUCUUUCGAAAUAGUGUCAGCCACAGACAAAACCAACGGAGUCCACAGCAGGAUUAUUUGGUGCUGUGCGUGGAGUUUCGAUGGGAAAGUCUUUGGUACUGGGUCGAGAGAUGGGAAGGUGUGUCUCUGGACAAAAGGCAACGCAACAAAUACAUCCCUCAAAGACUACGGUUUGUUGGGUGCACCCCUGGAGGCGGAGGCGGCCGUCACGGCGCUGGCCUUCGCCCCGCGCGGGCUCACCCUCGCCCUGGGGCUCGACACCGGCCUCGUCCGGCUACUGAGGUACGGCAGCAAUGGGUGGCUAUUGUUGAAGGAACUUGACAACAGCUUUGCUCAUCACCUAACGGUGAAGAGAUUGAUGUUCAAGCCGACUGAUGAAGACAAGAUGUUAUUGGCAAGCUGCGGCACCGACCACUUUGUGAGGAUAUACAGUGUUCUAAUACAUUAG